AUGGGAUCAGCUACGACAAAACUUGCAAUCUGGCUCUGGGGAUCAGAUGCCAAAGAUCGUGCCCUUCUCGCCAAACUCGAUGUGACCCUCCUUCCAUAUUUCUCUUUGAUCUGGUUUCUGUUUGGCGUCACUCGGGCGAGCUAUUCCUCUGCCUAUAUCAGCGGUAUGAAGGAGGCGCUAGGUUUCCAAGGCAAGGAGUACAACUAUAUGAGUACCGCGUACCUGGUUGUUUACGCUGUCUGCCAAAUGCCGGGUACCAGUCUCUUGACAAUCGUGCGGCCCAAAUAUGUCUUCGUUACAGCGAAUGUGGCCUGGAGUGUCUUGACAUUGAUCACAUAUAAGAUGACCCAUGCUUGGCAAGUCAUUCUGUUGAAUGCAAUCGAGGGAGGAUUUUCCGCCAUUGCAUACGUGGGAGCCCAGUUUAUUCUUGGCUCCUGGUAUAAAAGGUCCGAGUUGGGCAUUCGAGCUGCCGUGUUCUGUGUUUUCGGCCAAAUGGGAACGAUGGCGGGCGGUUGGAUUCAAGCAGGCUUGCUGGCCACACUAGCGGAGAGGGGCGGCCUUCCUGCCUGGAAAUGGAUCUUCAUUAUCGUGUCUGUGAUGACAAUUCCGGUCGCCUUAUUCGGUUGGGUAUUCAUUCCCGAUCUUCCCGCACAUCGUGCCGCGUGGUAUUUAAGCCAUGAGGAGAAGGAGCACGCAGCGACUCGACUAGGUGCGCUCCGAAAGCAGUCGUGGGACGUGACAGUGUUCAAACGUGUCCUACUCAGCUGGCAAUUCUGGCUUUUGCCUUUUAUCUUCAUGCUGUAUUCUCUUUGUGUGCAGAUGCUGCAGAACAACGUAAUGGCAUACUGGAUGGCAUCGCGAGGGUACACAACUAUCCAGCAGAACAAUUACCCAACAGGCAUCUAUGCGACUGCGAUUUUCGGUACUGUUGUCUAUGCCAUUAUAUCCGACAAGCUGCAGUCUCGCUGGGAAGUUUCCAUUGCCAUCGGCCUGACCUUCAUCAUUGGUUCAUCCAUCCUGGUCUCAAGUCCAUCCACAGAUACGGGCUAUUUCUUCGCGUUUUAUCUGCUCGGAACUACCUUCGCGCCCCAGGCGGUUUGGUACUCGUGGAUGGCGGAUGUGACAGGCCAUGAUUUCCAGCUUCGCGCCAUUACGACUGGAUUUAUGAACUCAUUCGACUUCGCUUUUGUUACCUGGUGGCCCCUGGUCUUCUACCCUGCCACGGCGGCUCCGAAUUUCCAUAAAGGCUAUGUUGCAAGUUUAGUGACGGGGGCCUUGACCCUGCCAUUCAUUGGCUUGAUCGCCUAUCUUGAACAGAGGGACAGAGCAAGGGGCGUCAUUGGGAGGAUUGAAGUCGACGAGUCGAUUGGCGAUGAAACUGAUCGGCUGCGGGGGAGACGAGCCAGGCAAGCCAGUGGAUGCACCCGUGAAUGUGCAGGCGGCUGA